ACGUGAUUGGCAAGAUGAAAAUAUUUGUUUGUUAGAAAAAAAAAUCAUUUGGUUACACAAUAUUUUCGAAAAUGAAUCAAAACGAAUUUCAAUUAAACAUUUUUUCGGGAGAUUUUGGUUCACCAUCUAUCCAUUAUGAUAGUUUAUUAGCAAUAGCUUAUUGUUCGUUGGCUGGAAUUAAACAAUUGAAAAUAAAUCUACGUAAUGAUCUUUAUUACAAUAAACUUCCAUCACUUUCGAUCGAUUUAAAUGAAACAAUCGAAGGUGUUGAAAAUGUGAUCGAUCAUUUUGAAACUAUCAACUAUAAUAGUGAAUUUGUUAAAUUAAAUGAUCAACAUGAUUUUGAUUUUAUUAGCCAUAAAUGUUUGUUCGAAAAUCGAUUAGAACCAUGUUUACUUUAUUUUCAUUGGUAUGAUGAAGAAAAUUAUAAUGAAAAUAUUGGUCGAUGGUAUGCAAAGAAAGCACCAUUUCCAACGAAUUUUCUUCUACCACGAUUAUUACGAAAAGAAUCAGUAGAAAAAUUGGAAAAAAGAUUUCCAAUCAAAAUUCUUGAAGAUGAUAAUCGUUCCAAAUUGAUUGAGAAAAAAGUAAUUUCCGAUGCUAUUUCAUGUUUAAAUUCUUUGUCCAAUAAACUUGAAAAUCAUCCAUAUUUAUUCGGUUCAAAACCGACUAAAAUUGAUGCCUAUCUUUAUACAUAUUUGACUUUAUUGUCACAAUUACCAGUUAAAAAAGAAAUAAUACGUGCCCUUAUACGUUCAUCACCGAAUUUACAACAAUAUUUGGAUCGAAUCAAUCAAAUGGAAUAUCUUAAACAAUUCUCUUCUAUUUCAAAUGGCGUAUCAUCCACAUCAUCAACUACUGACGGUAUCAUUGAUCAGGAUAGCUAUAUGAAAAUCAAAUGGACGGAUGUUAUGUUUUCUGGUGCAAUUGCAGCCUUAUUUAUGAUUUACUAUGCCUUUUCCAUUGGAAUUAUUGCAACAUCCUAUCAAGAUGAUGAUGAUGAUGAUGAUGACGAUGAAAUUGAAGGGGAACGUGAACAGGAACAGGAACAACAACAACAAUAACAAAAACAAAACUCUGAACAUAU